UUUUUUAAUUAAAAUUUCAGAUGACUGAAAAUGGUGUAAAAGCUGAAAUGGAUCAGGAAGAAGAAGACAACUUGUUACACUCUGAUGAAUACAAAUUCCUGGUAGAAUAUGGCAUUUCAAAAAAAGUUGCAUCAGAGCUAGAAAACAUUUAUACAACAGGCAAACUUUCACAUUCAGAACUUGAUGAAAGGGCCCUGGAUGCCCUGAAAGAAUUCAACCCAGAUGAUGCUGUCAAAGUACUUCAACAGUUUACUGAGAGUAGUCUUGAACAUGUGACAAACAAAAGUGCUUUCCUCUGUGGUCAGAUGAAAACAUUCAGACAAAAAAGUAAAGGUGGUGGACCAAAUGCUGCACCCAAAGGUCCAGAUCCAGAUAAAAUUAAGGAAAUACUUGAUAAAUCUGGAUACACUUUAGAUGUGACUACUGGUCAAAGAAAGUAUGGUGGACCUCCACCUGGUUGGGAAGGCACACAGCCUGGCCCAGGGCAUGAGGUUUUUAUUGGCAAAAUUCCAAAAGAUGUGUUUGAAGAUGAGAUUAUACCACUUGUAGAAGAAUGUGGGAAAGUUUGGGAUCUUCGAUUAAUGAUGGAUCCUAUGACUGGGUUUAGUAGGGGUUAUGCUUUCUGUACAUUUACUGACAAGUCUAGUGCAAAAGCUUGUGUUGAGAAGUUGGAAGGGUAUGAAGUAAAGAAAGGAAAAACAUUAAAGGCAAAUAUCUCGAUAGCCAAUCAGAGACUUUUUGUUGGUAACAUUCCAAAAAGUAAGACACAAGAGGAAAUCAAAGAAGAAUUCUCAAAAAGAACAGAGGGUUUGAUUGAUGUAAUAAUCUACAGAUCUGUAGAAAAAGACAAUCAGAAAAAUAGAGGCUUUGCCUUCUUGGACUAUGAUUCUCAUAAAAGUGCUUCAACAGCCAAGAGGAAGUUGAUGUCUGGCAGGGUAAAAGUAUGGAACUGUGAUAUUAUUGUAGACUGGGCUGAUCCUGUAGAGGAACCAGAUGAUGAAACAAUGUCAAAGGUGAAAGUCCUGUAUGUGAAGAACCUGACCGCUGAUGUUACAGAGGAAGGUUUGAAAGAGGCUUUUGAGAAGCAUGGUACAGUAGAACGUGUCAAAAAGAUCAAAGACUAUGGUUUUGUACACUUUGAAGAACGUGAAGGAGCAGUAGCAGCUAUGGAGGCACUGAACGGAUCUGCUCUUGGAAAAUUGAACAUUGAAGUGUCCCUCGCUAAACCAGCAGCUGAAAACAAAAAGAAGCAACAAAGACAAGCAAGUCGUGAAAUGAGGAUGAUGGGAGGCAUGAGAGGACAAGGAGGAUUUGAUGACUUCUAUGGACCACCAGGAGGAAUGAUGCAAAGAGGGCCACCACCAUUGAUGCGUGGAAUGGGACGACGAAUGCCACCGCCAGACUAUUUUUAUGAUGAUUACUAUGGUUAUGGGUAUGAGGAUGGAUUUGAUUAUUAUGGGGGUUAUGCACCUCCACCAGUUCGUGGACGUGGUGGCCGAGGUGGACCAAUGCCACCACCCGGUCGAGGCCGAGGAGGGGUGCCACCGCGCGGUGGACUUAGAGGGGGUCCAGCUGCUGCGCGGGGUAUGCGUGGAGCUGCCAGAGGCCGGGUCGCCAUGAUGCGAGGGAGAGGGGCUGGAGGACCAGGUAGAGGCCAGCAGACUCCUCCCAGAGGGGCCAAGCGGAAGGCUCCUGAGGCAACAGCUGGAGCACAGGCAAAGCGAAGAGCCACUGGCGCUGACUGGGGAGCACAGCCCAUUGCCCAACAACCUCUUGGUCAAAGUGGGUAUGGUGCGGGUUACAGUGGUGAGGGGGAUGCUCAGUGGUACCAGGACUCGUAUGGUCAAAAUUGGGGUUGAUUGAGUAUUUAAAAUAACUUAGCAACCCGUUAAAUCCAUAAGCAAAUAGAAAAGCUGAGACUGAUAGAGCACCACUUGUAAAUAGCCAUACCUUUAGAAAAUUUUUAACAGUCAGUGUGGUUUUCACUCCAGUGAGCCUGUUUAUGUUUAGACCCAGGAAAGGGUUGGCAUUUUAAAUGUCAAGUUUGUGACUUUUAUCCAUUUUGAACUUUUGGCCAUCUACUGCAUAUGGUCUUUUUUAACUUACAAACCUUGCAUCAUCUGCUGGAGUCUACCAAUCAUAUAUAAGUGAGAAAUGGAUUUUACUGGUAUUUAGAAAUAAGUGAAUGUUCCCUCGAUUUUUAAACUUUUUCAUUAAAAUAACUUUGGCAGAUCCACGUCCUAAGCGCAGCAUAAAUCUGAAUCAGAAAAACUGAUCAAAUAAUUUGCUGAUUUGUAAAUAGAAAUUUUAUCGAAAGGUAUCGAAAAAAUAAACAAAAAUUUUGUAUCGGUUAAAAUUGAUUUUUUAGUUAAAUGCACUUGAUAAUUGAUUCUGAAGGACCAUUUGUUGCUGAAAUAUAUUGUCACAUGUUCAGAUUUUCAUAUCAAAUGCAUUGUUUAGUGUAGUUUGUCAUAGAUCAUGUAGUACGUAUUCAUCACUGUUGUUUCAUUUGGCAUCGUUAUUUUCUUUUUUAUAUACAUAACAUUAAUCUAAUAUGUAAAUCGUGUGAAAGUACAUAUGAAGUAUUGUCAUUCUAUGGAAUAAAGAGCAUGGUUCUUAA